AUGAGAAAUUCGCCCAUCUAUACAGGGGCACUUCGUAGUCGGGGUGCCGACCUCACAGAAAACUUGACGUUGGCGUCUGGUGUUGUGUCCGGAGCUUGGGAAUCGGCGCUGGGAGUGAUUGUGGAGAGGCGUAUCCCCACUUCCUUCCAGACAGUCGUGUCUUUGAAACGACCGAUCGCUACGAAGAGGGAGAUAGAAGUGAUCGAGCGUGUUCGGUCAAGAAUACCUGAGGAGGGUCGUGUGCACAAGGCUCUGCUAGACUACAAGAACCUGUUCAGAGCGGGUCUGAUCAGCGAGCCUGAGUACCUCCGAACGAAAGAGGAGGAAGAAGAGGAAGAGAGUGGCUGGUGGGAGGGCAAUGACUGA